GAAGCAGGAGACCUCUCUGAAGGAGACGGUGGGGCGUCUUUUAACCCCCUGAUGCCUGUGUUUGAAGUAAGCCCAGGCUGUGGUGAAGGUGAAAGAGUAGGACCAGUGCCAGUGGACAUGCAUAAAGUCGCUGCAGGUUCAGGGGAGAAAGAGAGAGAAACAUGGACCAGACAAAUGGACUUUAUCAUGUCCUGUGUGGGUUUUGCUGUAGGCUUGGGCAAUGUGUGGCGCUUUCCUUACCUUUGCUACAAGAACGGAGGAGGUGUGUUCCUUAUCCCCUACUUGCUGGUAGUGUUCAUUGGGGGCAUCCCUGUCUUCUUCCUGGAAAUUGCCUUGGGACAAUUCAUGAAGCAGGGAGGGCUUGCCGCCUGGAACAUUGCGCCUCUUUUCCAAGGUUUGGGCUUGGCCUCAAUGGUAAUAGUGUUCUUCUGCAACACUUACUACAUCAUGGUUCUCGUGUGGGGUCUCUACUUUCUCUACCACUCUUUCACCACCACUCUUCCGUGGGCUACCUGCGGAAACUCUUGGAACACCCCUAAAUGUACACUCAACUUCAGUCGAAUCUGCAUCAACGACAGCGCUGCCUCAUUAAACGUGUUGUCAAACAUGUCAUCCAUUAACAAAGACUGCAUGACGAGAGAAAUGCGCUCCCCAGUCAUCGAGUUUUGGGAGCAUAAAGUUCUCCAUUUGUCAAGUGGGCUUCAUGAGCCUGGUAAAGUCAACUAUGAGGUAGCACUGUGCCUCAUUUUCACCUGGAUCAUUGUUUACUUCUGCAUAUGGAAAGGGGUCAAAACCACAGGGAAGGUCGUAUAUUUUACAGCUCUGUUUCCAUAUGUGGUUCUGUCUAUUCUUUUGGUACAUGGUGUCACCCUUCCAGGAGCAAUAAAUGGAAUAGAGUACUACCUGAAACCAGACUGGUCCAAACUAAAAGAAGCACAGGUGUGGGUGGACGCUGCUACCCAGAUUUUCUUCUCCUAUGCCAUCGGAUUGGGUGCACUGACUGCACUGGGCAGCUACAACCGCUUCCAUUACAACUGUUACAAAGAUGCAUUUGUGCUGGCGGUCGUUAACAGUGGAACCAGCUUCUUUGCAGGAUUUGUUGUGUUCUCUGUGUUGGGCUUCAUGGCUUCAGAGCAAGGUGUGGACAUUAGUAAUGUAGCGGAAAGUGGACCUGGCCUUGCAUUCAUAGCCUAUCCCAAGGCUGUGACUUUGAUGCCUUUUGCACCAUUCUGGGCUGCACUCUUCUUUUUUAUGUUGCUGAUUUUGGGUUUGGACAGCCAGUUUGUUGGCGUAGAGGGUUUACUAACCGCACUCAUGGACAUGAUUCCUCAAGAAUUUUCCACACGAUACCUGCGGCGAGAGGUGGUAGCAGCCAUCUGCUGUGGCAUCUGCCUACUUAUUGAUGUAUCCAUGAUCACUGAGGGAGGGAUGUAUGUGUUCCAGCUGUUUGACUACUACUCUGCCAGUGGUAUCACUCUGCUCUGGCAGUCUUUCUGGGAGUGUGUGGUGAUUGGUUGGGUUUAUGGAGCGGACCGUUUCAUGGGUGAUGUAGCUCGCAUGAUUGGCUAUAAACCCCUGCCCUAUAUGAAGUGGUGCUGGUCCUACAUCACACCCCUUAUCUGCCUGGGAGUGUUUCUAUUCCAUGUGAUAAACUACACACCACUAACAUACAACAAUGUGUACACAUACCCAUUGUGGGGAGAAAUGUUUGGCUGGGCAUUGGCCCUUUCCUCAAUGCUGUGUAUCCCAUUCACUGCUAUCUACAAGCUGCUUCGCUCUCACGGAUCAUUGCGGGAGCGGUGGACGCGCCUCAUAUCCCCAAGAUGGGGCAGGCAUCACCUGGAGCUAUUUCUUGCCGAGAACGAGGCCGUACUGCUACCGACAGAAUGCGAGAGUGUUCAUCUCUCUGAAGGUGCAUCUGAAAGAGCUGAGCACCAAGCCCAUGCUGUCCUUUGA